AUGGUCAAGAAGCGCCCAGGGACAUCUCGCAAGGUCCCAGCCGCUCUCCACCAUGAAUUGUCAGAGUAUGCCUCACUGCUACGAGCCCUGCGCGUCAGGGACAUGAUGGAUCUCACAAAGCACAUUCUAAAGCCUAACCCUUUUCUAACCGACGCCGAAACGAACCCGUCUGGUGCUUCUCAUGCUGGGCCGAGCGACUUGAACCACCCUUUCAAUGCGCAGACACAACCGAAAAGCGCCAAGGCAAAGGGAAAGCAAAAGGCGGAGUCUUCGCCUGACAAACCUAAGCAGAUCCGUCGGGACCACUGGACCCGUUGGCCGCUCCUGCUGGAAGACGUUCCACCACCGGAAUGGAAUCUGUCAGACGAAGUUGCUGUCAUAGCUUCCCAGGUCCUGAAAGCUCGUCCACCACUCGCCUUUCCCUGCCCAAUCUCUAGUUCUGACGUCGACGAUCUAAUGGCCGAAGAGGACGAGGACGAUCGGGUAGUCAAGGUCAGGGAGAUGGACGUGGACUCUGACGACCCAGACCCCCCAUUCUACAUCCCCUACCUUACCUCGAUCAUGGCCAAGUUCCUGUCCACCAUCUUCCGCAUCCUCGCCUCUCACACACCUCGUCGGCCAGCCAGCAUGCAGAACCGGAUCGAACCUCUUGGCUGGCGCUCCGUUAUCGACGUCGUGGUCUCCUGUGGCAUACCCGAGUUCGCUAACCCAAAGGUAGUCGAAAAUGUCAUUAAACGAAUAGAACGACUCGUCGGACCUUCGAUUUUACCUAUUGAAGGCAGAAAGGCCACAAGUUUCCGUGCUGUCGAGAGAAUGAAGGGCAAGGACGCACAAUCAGAAGCUUUCGACCAACUAUUCGCUCGGGAAGCGGCCAUGUAUUGGGCACCUCUCGAACUGCUUCCAGAAUCAGAGAGAAAUUCUGGUCCUGAUCCAUUACCUGUCAAGAAAAGGAAAAGCAAAAGAGAGAAACAAGAAGAGGCUGGAUAUAGGGCUAGGAAACAUUGGACUCCCAAGGACAAAGAACAAGGACAAUCUAAAUCUAAACCCAAACCCAAACCCAAACCAAAGUCCACUGCCAAAACUUCCAAGAAAAAGGCAACACCGACUCCAUCAGUCGACGUCGAAUCACCAAGCGCUUCAGAUUCCGAUACUGAGGUGCUCAAGACACCCGAACAACCACAGCCAGUUCGACGGAGCACUCGGGCAAAGAACAACGUCAGCUACCGCGAAAUACCACCCGACGAUAUACCUCUCAUAUAA